AUCAGUCCGUUAUUGAAAUCGAACACGUUUGCGUUGGUUGAGAGAGAGAGCAUAGAAAGUAAAAGCUAAAAAAUGGCGAAAUUAUUGGUUCCCUUGUUUCUAGCACUGGUUGUGAUGGUGGCCGUUACUACCGUUGAAGCCCACCACGGACAUCGAAGAGAGGGUGGUUGGCAUGGCCAUGAUCAUAAGCAUGGUGGUCAUGACCAUACCUGUGGUCAUCAUGGUGGAGGUGGUCAUCAUGAUCAUGGAAAGGGUGGUCACCACCACCACCACCACGACGGUACAAGGCGACAUGGUGGACCUUAUGAUGGGAAUCGCCAAGGUGUUGAUGGGAAUAAUUAUGAACCGCCACAAUACACCACACCAUCCACUCAGCCCACUAGCCAGCAGACGGUUACCGUUCAUUCACCUUCAAUCUACAGUAGUGAUAGCGGGUCUUCGUCAACAAGAAAGGAUAGUGACACUGUGACUAGUACCUCAAACUAUAACAGUAAUAGCGGCUCUUCGUCUUCAAACGAAGGUACUGAUAGUUUCUCAAGUCCUCACGAUUAUAGCGGUUCUUCGGUAUCAAGCCACGAUUCCAUAUCUCCGUUCUCAAGUGACGAUAGCAGCAGUGAUUUCCCUACUUUAAAAGUUUCUAAUCAGGAUCAAGAAGAGUUUGAAACAACUAUUUUAUAAAAAAGGAUUCCCUAAUAGAUGUAAACAGCGACUUA